CCAAGCGCACCGGAGACGAGCCGUAGCCUACAGUACAGAAGCUAAAUAGUGGGGGAGACGUGACGCGAGCAAGCAACCACCUUGGUCGCUAGCCUUGCAUAUCAAACCUCUCCUUCACUCAACUAGAGCUUUACUGGCUUUCAAGGGCUCUCUUUGAGAAGGCGGCCGUAGACAUAUUGAACGCAUAUUUUGAAAACUAAUUUCAUAUUUACGGCAGACAGAGGAGCAGCUCAAGCUGUGAAACACCCACGAUAUACGGAGACAUGGCUACUACAACCUGUACACGAUUCACGGACGAAUUUCAGCUUUACGAGGAACUGGGAAAGGGAGCUUUCUCAGUGGUGCGCAGGUGUGUGAAGCUGUGCACGGGACAGGAAUACGCUGCCAAAAUCAUCAACACCAAGAAGCUGUCGGCCAGAGACCACCAGAAGCUGGAGAGAGAGGCUCGUAUUUGUCGUCUGCUGAAGCACUCCAACAUCGUUCGUCUUCAUGACAGUAUAUCAGAGGAAGGCUUCCACUACCUCCUGUUUGACCUGGUGACUGGAGGAGAGCUUGAGGACAUCGUGGCCAGAGAGUACUACAGCGAGGCUGAUGCCAGCCAUUGCAUCCAGCAGAUCUUGGAGGCGGUCCUUCACUGCCACCAAAUGGGCGUGGUGCACAGAGACCUGAAGGUGAGUGACGGGCGUCGCCUCGCUCAUGCCCACCUGACCUCUGACCCCUUGCUCUCUCUCCCCCUGUCUCCCCCAACAGCAGCCAAGAGCUUGCUGAACAAGAAGGCGGACGUCAAGCCCCUGGCAAACAGCACGAAAAACAGCAUAGUCACCAGCCCCAAAGGAAACACUCCUUCUCCUGCUCUGGAGCCUCAGACCACUGUAAUCCAUAAUCCAGUGGAUGGGACUAAGGAGUCCUCAGACAGCAGCAACACCACUGUGGAGGAUGAGGACGUGAAAGGGAAGAGUUUAGACAGCGGCUCGGUUAAGACCCAGUCCAGCAUCAGCUCCCUACCAGACACGGCGCAGGGCCCCUCCCCUGCUGUCUACUCCACCAAGUUCUCUGACCUGCUGGGUUGUGUGCGCCGGGGGUCUGGGCCUGUGUCGGACGGGGAGGGUGGAGCCAGUACCCCCCCUCCUGCUGCACUGUCCGCCCCUUCCCCCCCACACACCCCUGCCUUCCCCAUGCAGAUGUCUCGUCUCACAGACCUGGUGAGCAGCGUGCGUCGGGCGCCCCCCCCCCCAGCACCAGAGACAGAGGCCGCCCCCGUGGUCUCCAGGCCCACCCCCCCGCCAACACACCCCACCUCCCCCCCUCCCCCCCUGUCCCCCCCCCCUCCUCGGACCCCCCCCAGCCCCUCCCUCUCCUCACAGACGCGUAAACAGGAGAUCAUCAAGAUCACUGAGCAGCUGAUUGAGGCCAUCAACAACGGAGACUUCGAAGCUUAUGCGAAGAUCUGUGAUCCUGGUCUGACCUCGUUUGAGCCAGAGGCUCUGGGCAACCUGGUAGAGGGCAUGGACUUCCACCGCUUCUACUUUGAGAACUUCCUGGCUAAGAACAGCAAGCCCAUCCACACCACCAUCCUCAACCCCCACGUCCACCUGAUCGGCGAGGACGCCGCCUGCAUCGCCUACAUCCGCCUCACCCAGUGUGUGGACGCCCAGGGCCGGCCGCGCUCCAGCCAGUCCGAGGAGACGCGCGUCUGGCACCGCCGGGAGAGCAAGUGGCAGAACGUGCACUUCCACUGCUCUGGAGCGCCCGCAGCCCCUCUGCAGUGAGGGGGGGCAUGGCGGAGGCCUCGCCUGGCCAGAGUACUGUGCCGCAGAGAGAAGGAGGAAGAGAGAAGAAGAAGAAGAAGAAGAAGGAGAAAGAUGGAGAGGGAGAGACGAAGGAGGGGUUUAGAAAGCUAGUCUGGGGUUGUUGUGGUUCAGUGCCCAGUGCCCCCACACCCUCCCUCCCAGGCUUCCCUCCUAGCACACACACACACACACACACACACACACACACACACACACACACACACACACACACACACGUCUCUUCUUCUACAACUAUCGCCCCCUGUCUGUCGCCUGCACCACUGCACCCAAACACCCCAAUCCACGACAACACCCCCUCUCCUCUUCCUCCCUCUCCCUCACUAACCCCACUGACCGAUCCCAGAACAUGACCCAGUAUUCUGCUGUGCUGUCAGGGUUUUUUAGGGGGGGAGGAGGGGUGUCGAGGUUCCAGUGUACCCCUGGUUCUUCCACACUCCCCUCUCUGACCCCUCCUCAUCCUCUCCUGAAUCCAAACCUGUGUCGUGUUAACACCGCACAGAACAUACAGUAUGUAAAGUUUUAGGUGAAAUCGAUUAGUAUUAUUAAGGAAUAUUAUUAUUAUUAACACAAAUAUCUAUAUUAUUCAUCUUAUUAUUAUUUGCAACUGUAUAUGUACUUUGUAUCAUUCGGAAUCCUUGAUGGUUUCUAGAGUUGAAGAACAUUGUUUCGUUUUUUCUCUUUUUAAGGACGCAUGAUUUUUCCGGUAUUCACAGUGGCUGUUUUUUAUUGUGGCUAUUAAGUGAAACAAUAUAUAUGCUAUUGGCAGUUUUGUAUUGGCUUCUUGUAUACUAUAGUAUGCCUAAGCUCAUGUUUAAGUAAAAAUUAUUCAAUGGGGAAGGGAUGUCUGUUUGACUAGGUGUCUGUAAAUGUGUGAGUAAGUGUGUGUGUGUGUGUGUGUGUGUGUGUGUGUGUGUGUGUGUGUGUGUGUGUGUGUGUGUGUGACGUUGUAAACACAAGACAAUGAUGUGUGUUUGUCCAGGGAUAUUGAGGAGGCAGAUUGAGGUUUCCUGUUUGAGAAUGUGAAUAGGCCAGGGAGCUUGGUUUGGUGUCUUCCACUGUCAAAUCAUUAUUUAACUGUUUGAAACAAAAGAUCAUAAACAUUAACAGUAUACUGGCUGUAUUUAUCUUUAAGCUACUUUAUUCUUGGUUUAUUUAUUUUGUAUUUUGCCUUUUUUGUGUUGACUCAAACCCCAUCUGAGGACAGUAAGACCCUCUUGCUCUGGUGUUGAGCUGGUGUUUAUAAAUGUACUCUGCUCUGUAGCGCCCCUAGUGGUUGGAGGAAGUGCAGAGUCAUCUUUGUAGUAGAGUUAGUUUGUCUGGAGAGAUGAGGGCUAUUCUAACAGGUGGAUGUUGUGAGCUCAAGGCACAUCCUUGUGUGUGUUCACUUUUUAACUUGCUUUUGUCUCAGUGUUCUGGUUGCUGUUGCUCAUUUUAGAGCAAUGAUAUGCGCCUUAGGUCUGACAUUUUGAAAGCAGUGUGUGUGUGUGUGUGUGUGUGAAGGGAACCCCCAUGGCUCCUGUGGGGGGUUAUCUGUGAGACGUGGGAGAGAGGGAAGUUAGGGGAGAAGGUUUGAUUUCAGGGGAUGUAGAGCCCUCUGUCUUUACCCCAGCACUGACUCCUCCUGUAGUUCUGGUCUUUGUUUCACAUGUUUCAUAUCUUCCUUUUUGACUUGUGUUAUAAUGGAGUGGUAUCUUGUUUUAUCAUCAUGUCUGUGCCUGAGUCAGGAAGGAGGGACAGAUGUUUUAGACUUGCUCACAGCCCUUUAGGCAUUGGCUGCCUUCAUGGGGGUCUUGUCGCUAUUGGCUGAUUAUACGAUUCUGAGAGAGGCUAUUGAAGUGAAGCCUUCUCAUUGGGCAGGCAGACGGUCAGCUGGUUUGGUUAGUCCUCAGGUUCAUAUUUAUUGUGAUUAUUUAUUUCUUUGAUCAGACAUUUGAUUGUGCUUUUCUUAAGUUUUCUCUUGGUUUUCCGCAGCAAAGUACUGCUCCUGCACGUGUGCAAACACUGUCCCUUCAAGAUGAAGAGGACCUAUCAGGAGCUCUCCUGCCAAACUCAAACUAACAACAUGACGUUUGUGUUGUCUGUGGACUAUCCUUUUAAACGUCCUGUAGGUGUGCAUCCUAGUUUCCCUCAGACUGUGUCCGUGUGUCCUGGUGUCACUCCAACCCUUCUGUCCAGGAUGGGGGUUCAUCUUGGAUGAGCUCGGGGAUAAGUGGGCUCUCCUCACACCCAGAACACUCCCUCUUUCUCAUUGGCCGGCCUGGUCACUUCCUGAUCCCAUAUGGAGGUCAGAGGUCAUCAGGAGACGCUGAUGAGUUACAGUUCUGACCACACAUGUGAACCUCCCUCCACAAGAAGAAGCACGUAUAAAGAUGCUGCUCUUUCUGUUUCUUCAAGGUGUGUUUACUAGCCCUGGAAAGCAUUAUCACAAGACACACGUGUUUAACAAGAGGGAGCGUUCAGUAUCACAAACGACAACCCGCUAUUUAGCUGGCCGCUAUUUUUCUUUGCAUGACAGUCGAUGGGACACUAGUUUUUGGUAUUCGUUUUGUUUUUUCAUUUUCUACGGAAUGCUGGUGUACUAAACUUUUCUCUAUCUAUUUUCUCCGCUUUUUAAGUGCAUACAGCUAUUGUGGUCUCAAGAUGAUUUGAUGAAAAUGAUUGUUACACGGAUUGCUAUAAUGACAAGAAGGAAGAUGAUGAUGAUAUUUAUGUAAUGAUGAUUCAAUAGCAUGCUUUUCUAUCUGGGCUCAGUGUUGUCAAUGCAGACUGGUUUUAUUUUAUGGUUGAAAACUUCAGGAGCGCCUCUGACACAUUAGCCCAAGCCCUGCAUAGACCUCCUGACACUACUGUAUCAGGGUUGAAAUUGCUCACUGAAGAGUCAAGUUGCAACUGCAUUUUGGUAACUUAAACCUGCCACAACACAACAGCGCUCUCUCCCCCCUCCCCACAGCAGUGAGUUAUCAUGGAGGGAGUCAGCAGGAGGAAUGUGGUCUCUCUGAGACUCCUGUAUCUCCUCCCACCCAGCAGGGAGCCCCUCCUGCCCUGACCACACUGAGCUGACCACUCUGGAGGAUCUCUGCCUCCCUGCUCCUCCUCCCUCUGUUUCAAACCUCCUUCCAUCUUCUCUCAGCAGUCGGCUCUUUCCAGUUCCUCCUGGGCUCUUUCUCCUCAGUUUGGGUUUCUUCUGUAUAAUAAUAUUGAUCCUGUAUUUCUCAGAUUCUUCAGGUUAUGGCUCUGUUCUCUCCAAUGUGCUACAUGUGUUUCUCUAACUUAAGGAAAUGUGUCAAGGUGUUAUCAAUAAAAUGAGAAUUUAAGUAAGAAAAAUGUAA